UAUGUAACCAAAAUGUGUGUACCCCCAUAAAAUUCUGAAAGAAAAAAAAAAGAAGUUAACCAUCUAUGAAUAAAUGCAUAGCUUACAAAUGACUGAUAAAACAUCAAACAAGAAGUUCCAUGAGAAAACAAUCUAAAAGGUGUUAUAAAUUGUCAAAGGUGAGAGGGCCCUUCUUUAAUUAGGGAGUAAUCAGAAAUAUAUUCAUGAAAAAUUAUUUGAUAUAGACUUUAAAGAUUGAGUACAGUUGUUACAAGCAUUGAUGGGGAAGGGCAGUAGAGAUUAAAAGCCACUUUUGAACAACCAACCACUUAAACCAACAAACAAAAAAUGAAAAGAAUCUCAGAAAUCUCAGAUUAAGGGAAGCAAAGGCAUUUUUUAGCAACCCACAUGUACAGCUCAACUGCUCUGAAUAAGAGAAUAUAUCUAAUAUUUAACACUAAUGCCAUGCUAAUAAUGAUAAUAAUUACUGUCAUCUUUUUUAAUCUCAGUAGACAUAAGGCAUUUAAAAUACAUUAUGCCAUCUAUACAUCAAAAUAAACUUCAGGGGAAAUAUCGUUUUCAUGAUAUAAGUGAGAAAGUUAAGAAACAGAGAGAUUGAAUUAUUUGUCUAAUGUCAUAUGGCUAAUAAUUGGCUAUAUGACAAUUAGAUUAGAAUUAGAUUAUAUUUGAAUCUGAUACCAAAAGUCCAGUUUAUAGUGCCAGGUUGUUUCUGAGCAGCUUCCCAGAUUCAUGGAAAAGUAAACAGAAUCAAAAUCAGAGCAAUGGAAAAGCUUUUGCUAUGAACUCUGUACUUUGGACUAAACUUUAAGCAAUGACAUAGGCUGAGGAUUGUUUGCUGCUAGCAUACAAACUCUGGUUCAAAGCUCCUCUUUAUUGUUUAUCUUGUAAAAUCUGGUGUUCUUCAAGGUUUUGCUUUUUCUACCAUCUCUGUUUCUCAACCCUCCUCAUGGCUAUAGUAACCCUCUAUGAAUGAAUGAAUCUCCAUCUCCAACCUCAAUCUUAUUCUGGAGGACAAGAAGCUGUGUUCAUAUGUCCUUCAACCUCUCCACUUGGGUGGCUUAAAGACACUUCAUUCUGCAAACCAGCCCGUUCUGCCUAGAAUGUUGCUCAGAGUGGAAAGGGGGCCUGAUUAAUAAUUACACUAAGUCAACAAGCAUAGAACCAGGACUGUUUGGGUAAACUGGUCACUCUAUCUGAAGCUCAACAGAUCUAAAACUGAACACAUCCUCAGUUGCAAAGUCCUUUUGAUUUUAUGUCAUUCAUACCACUUAACUUCAUCUAUGGCUCUCAUUUCCCAUGAGCACUGCUCUGGCCACUUACUUGACAGUGUUAUUGCAGAAACUUCCUAGCUGGUCUCCUUAUCACAGCCUUGUCCCCUUUUGUAACAUAGAGACAGUUUCAAAAUAUAAAUAGGAUUUUUAUUAGCUCCCUUCUGUACCAUUGCUCUGGGAAGAGGUAUAAAAUUGAUGUAAAAGGUCUUUGAGAUGUGACCCCUACCAACUCUGCCAGAAAUUCCCUAUAGGUUGUAAGUUCUAUCAUUAAACUCUACACUUCGCUGAAUUGCAUUUCUUCUAUUCCUUAAGUAUGCCUUGUUCUGCCUUGCCACUCACUGGGCCUUUCCACCGCCUUCUACGUCUGCCUGGAACACUCUUCCCUCCCUCUUUAUUUGGCCCACCUCUAAUUUUCCUUCAGAUAUCCACUAAAAUGUUACUUCUUCCAGGAAGUCUUACCCGAACCCUCCAAAGAUUUCAGGUGUUGCUCCUUUCACUCUACUUAUCACAGCAUGCAUUGCACCGUGCAGUCAUUGCUGAGGUGGCUGUUUCUCCUAUUAGACAGUAAGCUUAGCCAGAGUACUUUGGUGCCUGUUUCUCAUUGCUGAUUAUUCCUAUCAAAGAACAGUGCUGGUGUGCAGACUCAACGUUUUUGCUGCAAGAAUAAAUAAAACUCCCACUUACCAAGUGCUACUUUGUGCAAGGCCCUGUUCUGAGCCAUUUAUGCUCAUGGAUUUAUUUAAUCCUCACUUAACCAUGAAGGAGGGGCACUAUACUUAUCAUCAUUUUAUAGACAAAAAUAAAGCCCAGAAUUGAAUUACUUACCCCAGAUCUUAUAACUAUUAAUAAUAAGUGACAGGGCAAAAAUUCAAACCUAGUCCCCACAUCCACACGUUUAACACUGCACUAUAUGGCUUGCUUGAUCAUAUGACAUGAAUAGAAGACAUCUGCUCAGUAAGGUAGAAUAUGGAUGGAGAUAGAAGAAUGACACAAAAAUAGCACAAUAUAGAGAAAAUAUCCAAACAGCACCUCGAAUGACAAUGAGGUUGUUGUGCCUGUUGUUGUCCAUCAGCAUCCUGAUGAAGUGGUGGCUGACACAACCCACAUCUAGCUUGAUAUGUGCGUGUUAUUUGCAGUUAUGUGUCUAUUUAUAUGCAUGUUAUAAUAUUAAAAUAGUCAUAAUUUAAUAGAGGUUUAGUAUUUAUCAGCCAUUUUUACAGAUGUCCCCUUUAAUAUUUUGAUGAAACGAUGAGAUUGGAUUGCCCAGCCUUGCAGAUUAUAUAUAUAUAGGCAUAAAAACUGAAAUGUGGUUGUGAAGUUGCAAAGAUUUCAGAGCUUAUAGAAUCUGGUAUUUGCCAAAUGCAACCUCUUCCUCUACCUUAAACUCUUAUUUUUGAAUGAGCACAUUUAUCAUUCAUUCAGCAAAUGUUAUGGACUCCUGACUGUGAACCAGAUACUGUGAAAGGCUUUGGGAUAUUUUGUUUGUGCUUAGCUAAGCUGUAUAUGGUUUGAUUACCAAAACUGCAUUUCAGUUCUUUGUAACUAAUGCUUGAAGACCAUUGCUUUUCAGUUAUUUCUUAAUAACUAAUGCAUUUGUUUUCAUAUAUUAGAGUGAAAGCCCCUUUCAGGGAUAGUGAGGGAGCUGUGUCUCAUAUAUACUAUCCUAGAAUCUAAAUGGGUAGACAAGGUCAGGGCCACCUCUCACUAGAGAGAACUUUCAGGAAGACCUGUUCCUGUUAGUGCGUUCCUAAGGAGACAAAACCCAGGAUAGCCACAUGUAGCAGAAAAUGAACAAAAACUAGCAAAUAAAUGGAAGUUUUACUUGACUGGCAUUUAAGACCUUGUUCACGUUAUGAUAAAUAUUUAUUAUCUGCUAGAAGUGCUACUGAUAAUAAACUUUUAUUUAAAUGUGUAGCCUAGUAAUUAGUAGUGUAAUCUAUUUUUUAAAAUAUACCUUACUGACAUACAAAUAUGUCAUACAGAUGAAAAGUAUUUUUGAGCUAAAUGAAAACAACAUAAUCAAGCAAUGUAUUCCUUAAUGAAGAGUCUGAAUGGGUCAGACAAUGUGUGCAGUGCCAGGUAUAUGGUAGGCAUUCAAUUAAUAGUUUUAAAGAAUUAAUGUAUUUAUUUAGUCCAAUUGCAUACCAAUGCUGGUGUCUUUUGUUUAUGGCCUCAUUAACUUGUUAAUCUGAAAGGAAUUAAUUAUUCUGCAAUUUAGGGACAGAUCAUCUCUUUGAAUAUUCUGUAGUUUGCAAAGAAUAUUUAAUGUUUGCAAAAUGGGAUGAAUUUGCAAGAUUUUUCCUUUUUUUCCACCCAAAAGAGGUCUGUGUCCUUGAACAUAAGAUACAAAUAACCCCUAUGCUGUUAAUUAUUGGCAAAUUGUCCCAUCUUCAACCUAAGGAAAUAUUGUAAAGUAACAGAUAUACCAGCAAACAGUUACUAGUUAACAGGCAUUGCCUGAAAAGAGUAUAAAAGAAUUUCAGCACCAUUUUCAAUAUUCUUCUCCCACCAGUGCUAACAACGAAAUAACUAGUAACCAUGAAGUGGGUGGAAUCAAUUUUUUUAAUUUUCCUACUAAGUUUCACUGAAUCCAGAACACUGCAUAGAAAUGCAUAUGGAAUAGCUUCCAUAUUGGACUCUUCCCAAUGCACUGCAGAUAUGAACUUGGCUGACUUAGCUACCAUAUUUUUUGCCCAGUUUGUUCAAGAAGCCACUUACAAGGAAGUAAGCAAGAUGGUGAAGGAUGUAUUGACUGUAAUUGAGAAGCCCACUGAGCGAACUGCAGGGUGUUUCGAAAACCAGAUAUCUGUCUUUCUGGAAGAAAUUUGCCACGAGAAAGAAAUUUCUGAAAAGUAUGGACUUUCACACUGCUGCAGCCACAGCGAAGAGGAAAGACUUAGCUGUUUCCUUGCGCACAAGAAGGCCGCUCCCGCGUCCAUUCCGGCCUUCCAAGCUCCAGAGCCUGUCGCGAGCUGUAAAGCAUAUGAAGAAGACAGGGAGACGUUCCUGAACAGGUACCUGUACGAGACGGCGCGGAGGCACCCCUUCCUGUACGCGCCCGCCGCGCUCGCCGCCGCCGCGCGCCUCGCCCGCGCCCUGGCGCUCUGCUGCCGCGCCCCGAACGCCGGCGGAUGCUUCCAGAACAAGGCAGCAUCAAUUACAAAAGAAUUAAGAGAAAGCAGCUUGUUAAAUCAACAUUCAUGUGCGGUAAUGAAGAAUUUUGGAUCCCGAACCUUCCAAGCCAUAACUAUUACUAAACUCAGCCAGAAGUUUACCAAAGUUAAUUUCACUGAAAUCCAGAAGCUGGUCCUGGAUGUGGCCCACGUGCACGAGCAGUGCUGCCGGGGAGACGUGCUGGAGUGUCUGCAGGACGGGGAAAGAAUUAUGUCCUACAUAUGUUCUCAACAAGAUGCUAUGUCAAGCAAAAUAGCAGAAUGCUGCAAAUUGCCCAUACUUGAACUUGGUCAAUGUAUAAUUCAUGCAGAAAAUGAUGAAAAACCUGAAGGUCUAUCUCCAAAUCUAAACAGAUUUUUAGGAGACAGAGAUUUCAACCAAUUUUCUUCAGGAGAAAAAAAUAUCUUCUUGGCGAGUUUUGUUCAUGAAUAUUCAAGAAGACAUCCUGACCUUGCUGUCUCAGUAAUUCUAAGAGUCGCUAAAGGAUACCAGGAGUUAUUGGAGAAAUGUUUCCAGUCUGAAAAUGCUCUUGAAUGUCAGGAUAAAGGAGAAGAAGAAUUACAGCGAUACAUCCAGGAGAGCCAAGCAUUGGCAAAGCGAAGCUGUGGCCUCUUCCAGAAAUUAGGAGAAUAUUACUUGCAAAAUGCGUUUCUGGUUGCUUACACGAAGAAAGCCCCUCAGCUCACCUCGUCUGAGCUCAUGGCCCUCACCAGAAAAAUGGCCACCGCAGGGGCCACUUGCUGCCAGCUCAGUGAAGACAGACAGCUGGCCUGUGGGGAGGGAGCGGCCGACCUUAUUAUCGGGCAAUUAUGCAUCAGACACGAAGCAACUCCCGUAAACCCUGGUGUGGGCCACUGCUGCACUUCGUCCUACGCCAACAGGAGGCCGUGCUUCAGCAGCUUGGUGGUGGAUGAAACAUACGUCCCUCCUUCGUUCUCUGACGACAAGUUCAUCUUCCAUAAGGACCUGUGCCAAGCCCAGGGCGUAGCGCUGCAAACGAUGAAGCAAGAGUUUCUCAUUAACCUUGUGAAGCAAAAACCACAAAUCACAGAGGAACAACUUGAGGCUGUCAUUGCAGAUUUCUCAGGUCUACUGGAGAGAUGCUGUCAAGGCCAGGAGCAGGACGUCUGCUUUGCUGAAGAGGGUUCAAAACUGAUUUCAAAAACUCGAGCUGCUUUGGGAGUUUAAAUUACUUCAGGGGGAAGAGAAGACAAAAGGAGUCUUUGUGGUCUGAUUUGAACUUUUCUCUUUAAUUUUAGCUAAUUUAAUACUUUUUGUGAAUUAAUGAAAUGAUGAAGACUUGUAUGUGAGAUUUUCGUGUCAUAGAAAUAAAGUAUUUCCAAAUGUUUCCUUUU